AUGUCAUAUUACAACCAACCCUACGGCGCUGGUGCAGGCGCUGGUGGCGCUGCUUCGAACCUUCAGUUCUAUCCCUCCUCCUACUCAAACGUUUCCGGCCACACCACGCCCUCUCAAGCCUCUUACGGUGGAUAUGGUGGCACAAGUAACACCGCAAGCGCAUAUCCAGGCUAUGGUGCAGGCUCCUCAGGAGGCUUUGGAGGUGGACCUGGGAUGCAGGGAGUCAGUGGUCGCAUGGGAGAUUCUGGCGGGUUGAGAACAGGUUGGCUCGCCGCGUUUGGAACCGAGGGGUAUGAAGGAGAGCCGGGGUUGAUGGAGGAGCUGGGAGUCAACUUUGGACAUAUCAAAACGAAGACCCUCACAGUCCUGAACCCGUGGAUGCGUCCGUCACCCCACAUCAUGGACGACAGUGAUCUCUACGGGGGUCUUCUGUUCCUGAUCCUUUACGGAACCUUUCUCGCCCUCUCGGGAAAAUUCUUCUACGGCUACAUCUACGGCAUUGCGCUCUUUGGGUCUAUAGCUCUGCACUGGAUGUUCGCGCUCAUGACACCGCCCAUCGAUCCCAACGAUUCAGAUCAAAUGGCGCAAGCCCAGCGAGAUCAUGGGCAAGGACCCGGUGGCCGUGGUCACGGGGGCCAUUUCUCUAGCACACUCACAUACUCGCGAAGUGCAAGUGUUUUGGGGUACUGUUUUCUGCCACUCGUCUUCACCUCCUUAUUUGGGGUGCUGCUGCCUAUGGACACGGCCAUGGGAUACAUCAUGACGGCGAUGGCGGUGGGAUGGUCCACGUUCAGCAGUUCUGGGAUGUUUGUCAGUGUGGGAAGAAUGAAGGGCAUGAGGGGGCUCGUGGCAUAUCCUCUAGCACUGUUUUAUUCGGGGUUUGGCAUCAUGGGAAUCUUUUCGAGCCGGGGAAGUGGCAUGCUGGAAGGAAAAGUGCUUUGA